AUGGAAAAUGUCAAUGUAGCUGUGAGCAAAACUGCUGUGUUCCGUAGAAAGGCGGUGGAGCUGGGAGAAAAGCUGCUGCCGGCCUUCAAAACUCCCACAGGCAUCCCGUGGGCUCUGCUUAACCUCAAGAGUGGGAUUGGCAGAAACUGGCCGUGGGCGUCAGGUGGCAGCAGCAUCCUAGCAGAGUACGGCACCCUGCAUCUGGAGUUCAUGCACCUCAGCAAACUGUCAGAAAACCCUGACUUUGCUCAGAAGGUGAUGAACAUCCGGAAGGUCCUAAAUCGUCUGGAGAAACCCCAGGGGCUGUACCCCAACUACCUGAACCCCAACAGUGGCCAGUGGGGCCAACAUCAUGUGUCCGUAGGUGGUUUAGGUGACAGUUUCUAUGAGUACCUGCUCAAGGCCUGGCUGAUGUCUGACAAGACUGAUGAGGAAGGCAAGAAGAUGUACUAUGAUGCCCUGCAGGCCAUAGAAACCAACCUGAUGAGGAAGUCAACCACUGGGCUGACCUACAUUGCAGAGUGGAAAGGGGGGCUGCUGGAACAUAAGAUGGGUCACCUGACCUGUUUCGCAGGUGGCAUGAUCGCUCUGGGUGCUGAUGGGGCGCCCGGCGACAAGACAGGCCACCAGAUGGAGCAGGCCGCCGAGAUCGCCCGGACCUGUCACGAGUCUUACACCAGGACCGCGUUGAAACUGGGUCCAGAGGCAUUUCGUUUUGACGGCGGCGUCGAGGCCAUCGCCACCCGCCAGAACGAGAAAUACUUCAUCCUCCGUCCCGAGGUCAUCGAGACCUACAUGUACUUGUGGAGGUUCACCCACGACCCCAAAUACAGAGAGUGGGGCUGGGAGGCUGUUCAGGCCUUGGAGCAGCACUGUAAAGUAGAAGGGGGCUACAGUGGAGUCAGAGACGUCUAUGUCUCGACUCCCAACCACGACGACGUACAGCAGAGCUUCUACUUGGCUGAGACGCUCAAGUAUCUCUACCUGCUUUUCUCUGACGACGACCACCUACCAUUCGACCACUGGGUCUUCAACACUGAGGCUCAUCCUCUGCCGGUCAUAAAGGACAAAACAGACAGACCCAAUGAAGUGGAGUAGUGGACCAAGCCUGUACUGACACCCGACAACAAGUGCGAGAACCUCUGAUCCUGUAUGCCUGAGCCUCCGGCUGUCUGUCUGAAACUGUUUGGCCAUUUGGAAUCCCCUGUGGUUGCAGACGCCUCUUGAUCAGAUUUCACUUUUUAUGUUUAAUGGGAUCAAAAUCGAAUUCAAGCCAGUUGGAGCUGAAAUCUCGCUGUAGAGUCCAGUUUUGUUUUGUUUUGGUUUGGUUUGGUUUGGUUUUUUUUCCAGAUGUUCAGUUCUGGUCGAGUCCAGAUGCUGACAUGAACCAACAGAACUGCUGCUGAGGAAUAACUCAUCCAAAUGUAAUAAAACGUCCCUCCACAUGAGUUUGAACCCACCAUGUGAUAACACAGCGAUAUCCUAAGACUGCGAGUGUAACUUUGGAUUAUUCUGAUUAUAAAGUGGUACUUUCUGAAGAUAUCAUUAUAUUAAGUUGCUGCUUUUUCCACUGCCAGAGUUGAUCACAUUCUUGGCUCGUUUAGAGGGACAGCUCGACCAGUUACUACUCUAUUCAUCAGUUAUUAUGCUGUUGUAGCUACAGCUCUGUCUGUUAUCUGUUGCUUUUUGGUGAAGGAGAACGAUGUGAACUGGUCGUCGCCCUGAUGUGGAGAUUCCAGACCCAGAGAAAGUCCAGCUGAGGAUUGUGAGACAGAGUGAGCUCAAACGUGUUCUGUUUGCUUUUCCUUCUGGUUAUAUCUGAUAUCUGAGUAGGAACUGGUUUUCGUUGGGGCCACCACCACCAUCACUCUUUGACACUGUCCUCAGAGAAACGUUUGCCUUUCUAAAAACGUGCUUGUCUCUGCGGGACUGUGGGAAAGACGCGACACGAUCUGAGCAUCGUCUGUGCUUCUCGUCCGUCACCUGAGCACCUGGCUCCUCCCCGACUUCCUCUGAGUUUGAUGUGACACAGGUUGAGCAGCCACACCAGCUCUCUACCUGCCAGUUAUUCAACCCCCACCCCCGAAACAAUGUUUACACUAAGCUGUCCUCCUGCUUCUUCUUCUGCACAUCUCAUCUCCAGUUCUGUGUCUUUGUCUGGCUUUUUAGUCUCUGGAUCUAUUUGGCUUUCACACAUUUGCACUCGUACGUCUGGGCUUCGACUGGCACAGGUGGAACACACUGGUGACUGAUACCUAAUAUUCAUGAUCAUUUCUUAAUUCUUUGUUAUUUUUUUCCUCACAAAUCAUUUGCUGCUUUCUUAGCUAGCUGGGAAAACAACUCCAAAAUUUAAGAUUAUAACAAUUUUUUUAAAUUUUAUUCUUUUAAGUUUGACUUUUCCGGAGCUUUGAGCCGCAUCUUACAGCCUUCCUCAGUGGUCGUUUUGCUGUUAUGGACAUGAGUCCGACCGUGAGAUGUGGUUGAAAGCACUGGAAAAAGCUAAAGUAAAUGGACCAGGAGUUAAGUUUGAUCUGACUGACUCUUUGAAAUGGAAAAGUGUAAAUCUUGUUUUCUUCUUUUGGAGUUUUGACUUUGAACAGACUUCUUCUGUUUAUAUCUUUAAAUCUGAACAUUUUCAUUAACAUUUAAUCUUUUUAGACCCAGGAGCACUGAAAGUCUCCACUUAUGACUGAUCAUAUUAAUACAUAUUUGUAGAAUCUGAUUCACAGGUCUCAUUAGAGUUUCUCAGAGACGCUCGGUGUUGUCUUGAUAUCAGUGUCAGCAAACCUGUGUGUCGGUCAGACUUAUCUGUUGCUAUUGUGUCACUUCUUCAGGCUGUAGGAUCUUCUCUCCUCUAUGAGGAGACACAGUCUCUCCAUGUCGCUGUAAUAUUUCACGCUCGCACACACACACACGCACAGAAGAAGCCAUACUGAUUCAUCACAGCUUUAUCGUUCUGUGACUGAGAUUCUCUUCCUCCUCCACAUCUGGGGGCGUGACUGUACUGGCACAAACUGUGUUGCUGUUUUUGUUGUUGUAAAAUUCAUGUUCAGUAAGAGUUCAGCGUAUCAACAUCAACAGGUUGUUUAGUUGGUUUUCAAGGUAAAGAUGUGUCCCGAUGCCUCACAGAACUGUAGCCUCAUUAAAUCAAGUUUAGUCUUGGAUCUAGUGCCUUCAGUGUUGAAACAGAGUCCAAGGGAGGAACAGCUUACACAAACAGUAGUCUCAGAGCUUUAACUGGGGGUCGUCAGAGCAGGAUUAUACCAAAACUAGACAUAAAUUAAAGGAUGAUUCCUGCUUUUUGAUGUGAUAUUCAGUGUGUGAAAAUGUCGUCUUGAGAUCUGACCGUUAAAUCUGAGGAUCUCAUAAAACAAGGCUUUAAUUUAAAGUAAUAAGUCUUUCAUGCUUAUACUGUACUUUCUCCAAAAUCAAGGUUUGGCCAAGGGUUGACUAUCAUUUAAUGGUUGGAGACCAGUGGAGGCCCCAGUCUGCAGUUACAGUUCCUUGACUACACUGCCAUCUAGUGGUCAGAGUUUUCUAUUACAGUCCUCAUGAGACCUGGGCUUAAUGACUGCAGCCUGGAGUUUACUGCAGCGGAAAGAUACUGAUUACAGCUAACGAGGUCCUCUUGCAUUUGACUUGGAAAAUCUUCAAACUAAAGAGUAAAAGAGGGACAGGCAGAGAGAGGACCAGUGAGCAAAGACUAUCCUUCACAGCCAAGGACUGUUCAAACUAGACAGUGUUUGUGCUUGAGUUUCACUUUGUUUUAAUUACCCAACAAAACUCCGCUAAAUUUCCAGAUUUGAGUUAAAAAUGAAAAAACCUGGCCAACACAUCAGUGAGUAAGGCCUCCCCUGUCAGAGCUGAGACAUCCCCCCAUCUUCCUCCUCUCACUGUACAGACGACAGCGUCUACGUGUUAAUUCUGUUCAGUUUCACUAGAACUGGUUUAUAUUAGCCACGUGAUAAUAUAUUGUAAUGGUUGAUUUUGCUGAUUGUGUUAAUUUAUUCUAUAGUAGUGGACAUAAGACCUGGAGGUGUAGGGAGCAGACCCCAGCUGGCGCUGUGGGUGGUAUGGCCUAAUGUUUACCUGCCAAAACAUCUCAUACUGAUAUCGACAAAGGAUUUAAAGGUCUUCAGUCUUGCAUGGUGUUACAGUAUUUAUGUCAGCGUGAUGUUAAAUAUGGCAGAAAAUGUGGUUUAAUGCCAGAAAGAAAGCAGCUGGGAGUCAGUCAGACCUGAACCAUAGGACCUGUAUGAAUGUACCGUCCAAUGUGAAGUGAAGAUUAUUUAUUAUGCAUUUUUGUCUUUGUUUGUUCGCUUCUGAGCUUUUGUUGCAUUUUAUUUUGUUUUUCUUUUCUCCUGGAAAGCACAAAGACACAACAUGACGUGCACAGGCAGAGAGAAGCCUGUGGUUCAUAGAACCAGAGGGAGCAACGUGGUCGCUGUCGACCAACCUGAAUGAUCCUAAUCUGCCACAUGAGGCGUAUCAGUACAGCUCUCACACAAAAAUGGACAUAGUAUCAUACAAACCAGAUGUUUUAAGUGUUUAUCAUUCACUGUAUGGAGACACGGAAGCUGUUAGAGAAGAGGACAAACGGUUUGAAACUUUACCCUGAUUCGUUCUUAACUGAUUUGUUCAC